AACAUCCAUCGCUUACAUGUAGCCUAUGGCUCAAUAUCCGUUAGAAUAGACCACAGCAAGCACCGUUGAAAAAAGCUCGGGAUCAGCAUGGAUAGCGUUAAAUUGGACCUCUCAAAUAUACUAGAUCCUCAUAACAUCAGUACUACGUAAAGGGCUGCCUUACUAUCCAUAUCACUUGCAGGUACCUCGUUUACUUUUGAAUUCGUGGUGCCCAGAUCUUAUAAACGGUUAGUUGUUUUAUAGAAACCAUAGACAAAGAGAAAUGGGGACUGAAUUAUAACCGUGUAUUUCAUUUAACAUUAAUUUAACACCCGACACAGUUCCAGCGAUGGCAGAUGCGGAGUUGCAAACCUUCACAUCCAUUAUGGACACUCUCGUGCGCAUAAGCUCAAAUAUGAAGAGUAUAGAGAGAGAGCUGCAUUGCCCAGUGUGCGAGGAGAUGGUGAAGCAGCCGAUAGUGUUGCCAUGUCUACACAGUGUGUGCGUGCUGUGUGCGGCAGAGGUUUUGGUUCAGAGGGGAUACCCUCAACCUGAGCUCCCCCCAGAGCCCAACACUCCGACCUCCAGUCCCAACAUGCGCUCUCCCCGACAGACACGUAGACCUCCGCCCAAAACAGAUCGCCUGGACCGAGUGAUCAGAACAGUGUGUGGGACACAUCCAGGACGCAGACGUAAAGACACCCCUCCUGUGAUCAUGCUGUUCCCCUGUCCCACCUGCGGAAAGGAUGUGGAGCUGGGAGAGAGAGGGCUUGCAGACUGUCUCAGAAACCUCACACUGGAGCGCAUCGUUGAGAGGUACAGGCAGACUGUGAGUCUUGGCAGCAUGGCAGUUAUGUGCCAGUUCUGCAAGCCUCCUCAGGCACUGGAGGCCACCAAAGGUUGUGCUGACUGCAGGUCCAACUUCUGUAAUGAGUGCUUUAAACUGUACCACCCCUGGGGCACACCACGAGCCCAACAUGAACAUAUCCUCCCUACACACAGCUUCAGACCCAAGGUAUUAGUGUGUGUGGAACAUGAGCAUGAGAAGUUGCAGUUUUACUGUAGAUCAUGCCAGCAACUGCUGUGCCCACUUUGUAAGCUGCGCCGUGCCCAUAGUGGCCACAAGAUCAUGCCCAUUGCAUUGGCCUACCAAACUCUAAAGGAGAAAAUCACCAAAGAGAUGAACUACAUUUUGGCCAAUCAGGAUGCUGUACAGGCACAGAUCACCCAAGUAGAGAGUGGCAUUGCUCAGACUGAGGUGAACAGUGCAGUGGCUAAGGAGCAGUUGAAUCAGUGUGUGAGUGAAUUGCGUGGGGUGCUGGCAGAGCGUCAGGGGGCAUUGGCCAUGUCGCUGGAGGGGGCUCGUGCACAGCGGGCAGGGGUUCUGAAUGCUCAGCUCUCAGAAAAACAGAGUCUUAUGGAAAAUGCAGGGCUAAUCACAUACACUCAGGAGCUGCUUAAAGAAACUGACCAACCCUGCUUUGUACAGGCUGCCAGAGUCACACACAACAGACUGGUGAAAGCAAUAGAACAUAUUCAGCAUUUCUCUCUGUCUGCUGAUCCUUCGUUCCGACACUUUCAGCUGGACGCCUCCAGAGAGCUGAAAGCUUUUAGCAGCAUGAACUUUAUACAAGCCCCAUUGGCUCCUGUGAUUGACACUCAAAAGACACUGGCCUAUGACCAGCUUUAUUUGUGCUGGCGCCUUCCACAGGACUCUGCACCGGCCUGGCACUACUCAGUAGAGUAUCAGAGAAAAGUGGGUGGAUCUGGGGCAUUAUGGGGCAGAGUCCGGUCUGAAGGAGGCCCAGGAACUAAUGGCACACACUGUCCAUGGCAGCGUCUGGAUGAUGUGGGCGGGACAAGUGCAGUGAUUGACAAGCUAGAAAUGGACAGUGUGUAUGUGUUGAGAGUUAGAGGCUGUAAUAAGGCAGGCUUUGGAGAGUACAGUGAGGAGGUAUAUCUACACACACCACCUGCACCAGUGUUGUCAUUCUGCCUGGAUUCUCGCUGGGGCCUGCAUGCUGAGCGGGUGGCGCUGGGCAAAGGACAGACAUACGCCCGGAGUGUUCCUGGACUGACUCUUUUACAGGCUGCUGAUCGGGCCCUUACCUCAUGCCACCUCACCUCUGACCUCCUUGUGGCUGAUGUUUCCAUCACACAGGGGCGUCAUUACUGGGCAUGCUCAGUUGAGCCUGGAUCCUACCUGGUCAAGGUAGGAGUGGGUUUAGAAGCAAAACUGCAGGAAUGGUUCCAUCUUCCGCAAGACAUGGCAAGUCCACGGUAUGAUCCGGACAGUGGUCAUGACAGUGGAGCAGAGGAUGCUCAGGACUGUCCUCCUCCAUUCUGUUUCCUCACAAUGGGCAUGGGCAAGAUCUUACUGCCCAAGUGUGGGGCAUCUAACUCUUCUACUGGCCCCCUCACUGCUCCCCUGCCACCUCGCCUCGGACUGUGUCUGGACUUUGAGAAGGGGCGGCUCACUUUCUAUGAUGCACACUCUCUGAGAGUGCUGUGGGAGGGAACUGUUGAUUGCUCCGCCCCCGUUUGCCCAGCCUUCUGUUUCAUUGGCGGAGGGGCUCUGCAGCUGCAGGAGCUAAUUGCCAAUCGCACUGUAGAGCAAAAUCCCCCGAGAAGAGUGACCAUCCAAACACGUCCCACCGAUCUCACUCACUGAAACAAACUAUGAAAGCAGUCUAAUCAGCACCUUUAAGCAAAUGUUCUUUUAUCGUUUUCUAUUGACGUUGUUUGUUUACCUGCUUAUUUCAUAGCUACUGAUGCAUAGAUACUUUAUAUUAAGAUUCACUUAAUAUCAAAGGAAAACAUAUCUUUUGUAUUUAUGAUGCUAACAACAUGUAGGUCAGUAUUAAAUAAUGAGGAAUCAUUUGUUUUUAUUUUCACAGUAGACAAAACAGUGAAAAUGUAAAUCAGGUUUACUUUAUAAUCAUGAUGCAGGAUGAUUCAGGUUUAGUCUUAAACAAUUAAUUUUCAAAGUUUUUUAUUAAAGCAAAUUGGGUUGUCGAUUUAACGUGUUAAUACAGUGAGAUUAAUUAAAAUAAAAAAUAAUAAAUAAACAUGUUAAAAAAAAAUUAAUCAUGUCCCCGAACUGUAAUAAGGAAUAUUCCUACCAUCGGAGCAACUCAAGCUUGAAGUACCAUCUGUUUUCUCCAGGGGGAAGUAAGUGAAACUCCAGCUGUAUGCAACACACAUCUUAUACAUAGAACAAACCAUACUUACCCACAGCAGACAGCACAAGAUGAGGACUCAUACUUGCGUUCAAACACAGCUUGAUGGAGUGCAAAUCCGAAUGCAGGGAUCUCAAGAUGUGUUUGUCUAAGAUUCAAACUACGUUUUACUUGACACAGCGAUCUUAAAAUGCUGCAUUUAUGAUGCGACACAUCCAAAGUGAGAUGCUCCAAAAGCCUCCGUCUGACGCCUGUGUACAUUGAUGCGUCUUAGAAAGCCCUUAUAAUAAAUCUAAGACAGAUUGAAGAAUUCAGUUGCAAAAUGGAUUGCUGUGAACUUUAAGCCAAUGAUUACCUUAUGAGAAAAAAAUAUUGAAAUAAACAAUAUAUUGCCUUCUAAAAACACUUUUUGUUUUGUAUUAUUUUUAAUGCUUUACUUGACUGCCACAAUAAUUUAUUGCAUUAUAAUUAUCUGAAAUUUAUUUUUUAAUAUACAUUAUUUAUAAUUAUUUAAAUAUAACUUUGUAUAAUUAUUUAAUCAUUAUAAUGUAUGUUGAGUUAUUGUUAUUUGAGGGGCUUUCUCAGCCAAUAUUUAUAUAUGCGAUUGAUUGCGUUUAAUUAGAUUUAUUAAUCGGCAUACCAUGCAGUUAAUUCGAUUAAAAAAUGUAAUCGAUUCACAGCCCUAAAAACAAAUGAUUCCUCAAUAUUUACAAACUUGUUUUCCAUCAUUGUUAGCAUGUGAACCACCCAAUAUGGGUGCAGUAAAAUGAGUAAACAGACCUUGAUUUCAUUCAUCAACAAUGUAUGUGGUUUUUAAAGGAAUGCCUUGAAAUUUGAUCACUUUGCAAAUUAUCUCCAUUUGAGAAGGCUUGAUGACAUCUAGAUGUUUACUGCAGCGGUCGACUGUCCUGUUGAUCAGAGUUUCAUCUGUUUCUGAGUAGAUCCCAAUUUCUUUGAAUUGAGUGUUACUUUGAGACUAAACCAAGAUGUGAAACCUUUGGACAUAUGUGUUGAUGUCAGUCCAUGUCCUGUGCAUAGAUACCUUGUCUGUUUGGUUUGUUCAGGUCAAAACAGUGCUGAAUGAAGCAUCCAGAAAGUGAUUAGAUUGUACAAUAAAAGAACGACUAUGACUGUGUAAUGAAAGAAACUGAGCUGCUGGUUAGUCUUGCUUGUGUGAGAUCCCUAAAGGUGCCUGCUUACAUACCCCUCUCACCCAUUUGAAUGUCAAUCUCCAAAACACUACAGUUUUUGACACACAUCAUGCUUUUUUUCAUAAUCAGGUCUGUUAAAGUCAUGUUUUGUUUCAAAGACCGUUUAUGGCAACAGCUUGGCAAUGAUUUAGCAGGCAAAGUUGAAUUUUCGAAAUGGAUGCUGCUAAUGACCAUGUAACUCAGUCAUGUGCGUGUGUCUCAGUGUAAGGACAUUUUUUUAAAGGUAUGCUGGACGUAAUUAAUUUAAGUUAUGUUAUGUGUGUGUGUGUGUGAUAUUGUUAUUGCAAUAAAGACCAGUUGCGGAAAGCUCUGGUUUUGGCCACGAUUUCCGUUAUUUGAUUCCUUUGUUUCAGAUUCAUGUCUUGUGUGAAUUUAUAUUGAUGUUGAGGAUAUUAUUUAGCACUAUAUAUUUGGCUGUUUGUAAAUUGACAAAAUGUUUGUACUCGCUAACAGCAAAAGUUAAAUAAA